UUUUAGAACGAUUCAAGUUCGACAAUCUUUGGAUUCGUUAUUCGACUAUAGAAUGCUUGGAAAAAGGAAAACACUGAAUUUUAGAUAAAUAAUUGCGUGGCAACUCCGGUCUCCGACAGUGUGAAGUAAUUGGUUGUUGUAAAACUACAGUCGAGUGUUGACGCCCGAUCAAAGUUCAGACUUCAGAAGCGGUUGCUACUUGCAUUAUAAUUUAUUCCAGUAUUUCAAUCUUUACAGUUCACUUUCGUUACAAUUUUGUAUAAAAUUGUGGUGUUUAUUUUUGCUAAUAUAGUAAAACGUUAGCCAGCAUUCAGCUGGAUAAUUUUCUCUUUUGUCUAAUUAAGUUAUAGUUUCUGUUGCCUUAUCACUUAACUCACAACUGUAAAAUACAGCGGUCACCAGGGUUCAACAUUUAUAGCUGAGGUAAAUAUAAAAUACCAUUAUGGGUAGAAAAGUAUACGUAGUUGGUGUUGGAAUGACAAAAUUUGUAAAACCUAGUCCUGAUAGAGACUAUCCGGAACUAGGAAAGGAGGCUGUAGAAGCUGCUUUAGCUGAUGCUCGUAUCAAAUAUGGCGACGUACAGCAAGCCGUCUGCGGUUACGUAUUUGGAGAUUCCACUUGCGGGCAGCGCGUUUUGUACCAAGUUGGGAUGACUGGUAUACCAAUCUACAAUGUCAACAACAACUGUUCCACUGGCUCCAACGCCCUUUUUUUGGGCAAACAACUAAUAGAAGGUGGAAUAGCUGAUGUAAUUCUUGCUGUUGGCUUUGAGAAAAUGGCGCCAGGUGCACUGGGCGGAGGAGCUUACACUGACCGAACAAAUCCUAUGGACAAGCAUACCCUGAAAAUGGCUGAGCUUGCUGAUUUAACUGGGGCUCCAAUGACUGCACAAUACUUUGGUAACGCUGGUUUGGAACAUAUGAAAAAAUAUGGCACAAAAGAAGUCCACUUUGCCAAAAUUGCAGCAAAAAAUCAUCGUCAUGGUAUGAAAAAUCCCCGUGCCCAGAGUACUAGGGAAUACACUGUUGAAGAAAUUUUAAAGUCACGUAAAAUAUAUGGACCACUUACAAAACUUGAGUGCUGUCCAACAAGUGAUGGGGCGGGAGCUGCAGUUCUCAUGUCUGAGGAUGCUGUCAUCCGAUAUGGAUUACAAAGCAAGGCUGUUGAAAUUAUUGGAAUGGAGAUGGCGACAGACACUGAGGCAGUUUUCAAAGAAAAUAGUCUGAUGAAAGUAGCUGGUACAGAUAUGACUGCUCUAGCUGCAGACCGCCUAUACAAAAAGACAGGAAUAUCACCAAUGGAAAUUGAUGUUGUUGAGCUUCACGAUUGCUUUGCCACCAAUGAAUUAAUUACUUAUGAAGGGCUUAGGUUAUGUGGCGAAGGUGAAGCGGGCAAAUUUAUUGAUGCUGGUGACAACACCUAUGGGGGAAGAGUUGUUGUGAAUCCAAGUGGUGGACUUAUUGCCAAAGGUCACCCUCUCGGAGCAACUGGGCUUGCACAAUGUGCCGAACUAGUCUGGCAACUACGAGGUGAAGCUGGUGAUAGACAGGUACCAAGAGCUCGUUUGGCUCUUCAACACAACCUAGGACUCGGAGGUGCUGUUGUAAUCACCAUGUAUCGCAAAGGUUUUGUCAAUGCGUACCCCAAUCAGGUUGCUGCCAUUGCAGGCAAUGCUGAAGAUUUCAAAGUGUACAAAUAUAUGAAAAUCUUAGAAGAAGCCAUGCAAACUGAUGAAGAUAAAUUAAUAGAAAAAGUGAGAGGUAUCUACGGUUUCAAAGUCAGGGGUCCGGGUGGCAAGGAGGGAUAUUGGGUCAUUAAUGCUAAGGAGGGUAAAGGAAAAGUCACAUAUGACGGUAAAGAUAAGUGUGAUGUUACAUUCACCAUCAAUGAUGAUGAUGUAGUCGAUCUUAUUUCUGGGAAGCUGAAUCCUCAAAAGGCCUUCUUCCAGGGCAAAAUAAAGAUUCAAGGUAACAUGGGACUCGCAAUGAAACUCACAGACUUACAACGUUCAGCCGCUGGUCGAAUCGACAGCAUCCGUUCAAAGUUGUAAACAUUCACAACUGGGUUUUACUGAAUAUGGGUUUCGGUUAGGUAAUGGGCAUUUUGUAAAUAAAUAUUUCUAUACAUUAGAGACUUAUUGGAAUGAUGUUAAGUCUAAUCAAUGUUAUUAAUAUCAGAUGACGCAAAUUCAACUUUACCAUAUUGAUUAUAAAAACAAAAUAUUUUAUUUAGUUAAAUAUAAUGAAUUACAUGAAGAAAUGUAUGAAAAGAAUUUGUGUAGGUAUAAGUAAAAACACAGGUUCUUGUUUCUUAUUAAAAUAUGCGCACGAUUCCAGUUUUAUUUACAUACAAUUGAAGUUUAGACAUUGCUGUAAAAUAUUUAAAAUUAUGUUAAUGUUAUUGAAUAUUUUAUGAAUACAGAUAUAUUUUUCAUUA